AUGCGCGCCGUGGCUGCCGCGCGGGGCGCCCUCGCGCGCGCCGCCGCGCGGCGCCCCGGCGCCCCGCCCGUCGCGGGGCGGCAAGGGGCGCAGGCCGGCGGUGCCUCGGCGUACGCGCCCGUCACACAGGCCGGGCGGCUGCUGCUCGCGCGCGGGGCGGACGAGCCGGGGCGUCCUCCGGAGGAGACGCGCUCGGGGCUGCGCGGCUGGCCGCCUGCCGCCCCGGCGAGCCGGGGCCCUGGCUCCCGGGCGCCCGGCCCAGGCCGCACCAGCUCGGCGACAGGGACAUGCCCUGAGCCAGAGCCCCGUGUCAUCUGGGCUGAGCAUCUGCUGCGGGAGAUGAGCAACUUCCCAUCGGUGCCCUCGCAUCCUUCCCCUUCGGUCCAUCUUUGGCCGCUUUUGCUGGCCGCGCCCCGCUCGCACGCUGCCGGCAUGGCCUCCCGAGUCCCUUUGCAUCCCGGCUUGGCUGGAUCCCGGCUUGUUCUGGCGCCCCGCUGUGGGACGGCGCGGCUCCGCAGCCGCCGCUGGCCGCCAGCUGUGCGGGCGCGCCCUCGCGUCGGAGGCGGCGAGAAGGGCGCAUCGCCCAGGGGAGAGCAGCACAUUCGGGGGCCGCCGGCUUGGGAUCGCGUCGCUCACGCGUCUCCGGAGCCUCCGAUCGCCCCUGUCUUCGACGAGGCCCCCCGGGCCCAACGCGUGCAACGCCCGCCCUGGGUCCAUCCGCCCCUGCCGUCCGCCCCGAUCGCCUCGGCGCGGCUGCGCGGCGGCUCGGUGGCGCGCGGGUCGGCUCGCGGCGGCCGCGGCGGCCGCGGCGCCGCGUGCCGCGCCACAGCCCGGCAGCUCAUCCUCUGCCGCGCGCUCGGGGCAGCACGGACCCUCGCCCGGGGGCGGCGCGCCCUGGACGCCCCGUGCAGGCGUCCCUCCCUGCGUGUGACGCUGGCCGGCGUCCGAGCGCCACUUGGCCUCGUCACCGCAUUGUCUCAUCUGACCUAGUUGCUGGGAGCAGCAGCUCUUACAUCCAGCACUGCGCAGUCGUGUGCGGGCACCAGCUCGCGCUGGCGCUCGCCGACGACCGCACGUUUAAAGUGAUGCACCGCUCCGCCGCAUUCCGCCACCUCUGGCGUGGCCUCACACGCGGGAGAGCCACGGGCCACCCGCGCCCGCAACUGUACAGAGGCAGAUCGCCGAGCGUCUUGCUGAGCAUUGCCGCGGACUGCUUGUGAGUAUCAAGAUGCGUCCAAGCAUUUGAAGCAUGAUUUCGGACCUCGAUGGGCAGCGUCUGCGCGCCGAGCCGAAAAGGCUGCCGCGCACCCCUCGCAUCUCCCUUCUGCCCCAGACACUUCAUUCUAAGCAGCCGCACCG